AUGGUACUGCAAACAUCCCACACAGACCUGCUAAUCAUCGGCGCCGGCCCAGCAGGGCUCAUGGCCGCAUGUUGGGCCAGCCAGUUCAGCGGAAUUUCGACGCGGAUUAUUGAUGAGAAGCCGCACCGAACAGAGACCGGCCAUGCAGACGGCAUCCACAGCCGCACGCUGGAGAUCCUUGAUAGUUUUGGCAUUGCCGAUCCGAUUCUGCGCAAGGGCGUGCAGGAGGUGGAGAUGAGUUACUGGGCUGUAAAUGGGGAUACGGGGAAUUUGGAGUGCCAAAAGCGCGUGCAGUCCCAGUCUGGGGGUCUCUCCAGGUUCGCGCAGACAUCGCUGAAUCAGGGCGAGGUAGAGCAGGUCAUGAUUGACUACUUGGAGGAGCGAGGACGGGUUCGGGUUGAAAGACAGAAGCGCGCAGAGAGGGUUUAUUUCACUGAUGACGAUAAUGAUACUCACCCUGUGGUCGUGGAAACGAAGGCGCUGAAGACAGAUCGAAUGAUGCAUCUACCUCGGCCGGAAGACCUCAAGGAGCAUGUAUCACAAGUGACGGAGGUCAUUCACGCAAGGUAUAUCAUCGGUUGUGAUGGCGCAAAAAGUCUCGUCAGGGAACAGCUCGACAUACCACUGGAGGCUAGGUCGACAGACUCGAUGUGGGGUGUUAUUGACAUUAUACCUAUCACGGACUUUCCUGAUAUCCGCCAGACUUGUGUCAUCCAUUCUGAUGAAUACGGGAGUAUAAUGCUAGUGCCCAGAGAGGACCGCCUAGUUCGGUUUUAUAUUCAACUACAGGGCGACUCGGACCUGGAAAAGAAGGCCUUGGAUCAGUCGAACGAGACGCCAGAGGCACUGACUCAGCUUAUUCAACGUGCUAUGCACCCGUACAGCCUGACGUACCAACAUUGCGACUGGUGGUCCUUGUAUCCUGCUGACCUUACAAAGAUAAAGCAGUGUCUGGCUAAUCAGUUUCAAGUCAAGCAUCGUGCCUUCCUCGUAGGUGACGCCGCACAUAUCCAUUCGCCCAAAGCCGGCCAGGGCAUGAAUGUCUCCAUCCAGGAUGCAUACAAUCUCGUAUGGAAACUGGGGUCCGUUAUCACAGGAGCUUCAGAUCCAAACAUUCUUGAGACGUACCAGCUCGAAAGACACCCGGUAGCCGAGGAGCUAAUGGCAAUGGAUUCUCGGCUAGUCCAUGUCUAUGAGGAGAAUAAAGCUUCCAUCAGCGAGGUCAGCAAAGUACGGGCGGGGUAUACAGGGUUCAUGUCUGGAGUUGAGGUAACGUAUCAGCCGAAUAUACUCGUUUCGCGUGGUGAGGGUGGUGAAUCGACAAAAGCAGCGAAUAUCAAACUAGGGAUGCGGCUGGGAACUGUUCCGGUUUUGAACCAGGCCUCUACGUGCACGAUACAACUGACAGAGUUGCUGUCGAGCAACGGCGCGUGGAGACUCCUGGUUUUCUCUGGUGACCUACAACAGAGAAAGAAUGUUGAUCGGUUGGCCGAAUUUGCAGAGGUGUUCCAGGGACCGGCGCAUGCAUCUAGCUCGCAGCAACCUGGAUUCCAAGAAUGGCAGCGCGCUAUUGACGUGAUUCUGAUUCAUCCAGGCCCGAGAAUAUCUGUCAACCUCUUAGAACUACCCGAGCUGUUCCAUCCGUUCGACGAGAAACUAGGAUGGGACUAUAACAGGGUUUUUUCCGAUGACAGCGCGUAUAGAGGCGGCAUCGGCCAUGCGUAUGAAGAAUAUGGAAUCGACAAACAGGAAGGCAGCCUUGUUUUAUGUCGUCCAGACCAGCAUGUUGCCUGGGUCGGAGGCUUAGAGGACCUUUCUCGUCUUGAGAUCUACUUUUCAGCGUUUCGUAAAGCAGACAUGUUCAAUAAUUCAAAGACUACUACUAGAAACUAG